AUGUCUUUCGGACAAGAACUACCAGUCUCCCCAGCGAGAACUCACAGCGACAACGAGCACGACGAUACCAAUUCGCAAUCAUCUCAAGAAAUUAUUGACUCGAAACCCACCAGUCCCUCUCAUUCAACGACCGCAGAAGACGAUCUCAAGAACCUCAAUUUCACCGAGCAAGACAUCUCUUCAUCCGACGAUGGGGGAGAGAAACAGAGGCCGACACCGAACCCGGGCUGUUCAAAGACCCUGAGUCCAUCCAAGCAAACAGUGCCGACAUCCAAGAAUUCAGCCGUCUCGCCGAAUCGCUCUCACUCUUCGCAUCCUGCCUCAUAGUACCUCGACUUCCUUCGCCUCCUGCUUCACCAGACAAAUCAAGAUCCACUCACAAUCUCCAUCUCAAUGUCAGCAUUGAUCCCUUCACCGACGCGGACAAAACUGAAGCGGAGUUUGGAGCCGACUUGCUGGAGUUAAUUCAGGAUCCGUCGCACAAAGGGAACAGUGAGUUGAUUCAAGGGAUUGGAAAUUUGAU